AUGUUUAUGAAAAGAAACACCUGUGUGCUGGCUGUUCUGCUGUGUUCUCUGACCUUGUGGUGCAAGUCGGCAAGCGCAGGCUCCAGCUUUCUCAGCCCUUCGCAAAAACCUCAGAACAGGGGAAAGUCCUCCAGAGUCGGUCGCCAGGCCAUGGAGGAGAACAUUGCAUCCGCUGAGGACAACAGUCUCACGAUCAGUGCCCCCUUUGAAAUUGGCAUCACCAUCAGUGAAGAUGAUCUGGAUGAGUACCGUGUCAUACUGCAGGAGAUCGUGCAGCAUCUGCUAGGAAGCUCAGAGACUUCAGAGAGAUUGUCACCACCUUAA